AUGAUGAACAGCAGCAUGAGCUCCGGCUCCGGCUCACUCCGGACGAGCGAGAAGAGAUCUCUCUAUGUCCGAGCCCUGUUUGACUACGACCGGACCCGGGACAGUUGCUUGCCCAGCCAGGGGCUCAGCUUCUCCUACGGGGACAUCCUGCACGUCAUCAACGCCUCUGAUGAUGAGUGGUGGCAAGCCAGGCUUGUCACGCCCCAUGGUGAGAGCGAGCAGAUCGGGGUCAUCCCCAGCAAGAAAAGGGUGGAAAAGAAGGAGAGAGCGCGGUUGAAAACGGUGAAGUUCCACGCCCGGACUGGCAUGAUUGAGUCCAACAGGUCGAUCAAAACGAAACGUAAAAAGAGUUUCCGCCUCUCUCGAAAGUUUCCAUUUUACAAGAGCAAAGAGAACCUGGCCCAGGAGAGCGGCGGACAGGAAC